AUGGCUGUAAUGGCAUCUGAACCAGCCAAUGUGAAUGAGUUCCAGGAACUGGAUAAGGGCUCAAGCCUUGAAGCCUUUGCAACGGGGAUGCUCGACGCUUCUCUGUCUUGGAAGGACAUAGAGUGGUUAAGAUCUUUAACAAGUUUGCCAAUUCUAAUCAAAGGGGUGCUGACUCCUGAGGCAAUAAAAGCCAUGGAAGUAAGGGUUGAUGGGAUUGUUGUCUUUAAUCAUGGAGCUCGCCAGCUAGAUUAUUCUCCAGCCACUGUCACUGUUCUGGAAGAGGUGGUUCGUGCUGUUGGAGGAAAAAUUCAUGUUCUCUUUGAUGGAGAAGUGAGGCGGGGUACUGAUAUUUUCAAGGCACUCGCUUUUGGCACGCAAGCUGUAAUGGUUGGAAGGCCAGUGAUCUAUGGAUUGGCAGCAAAGGGAGAAUAUGGGGUGCGACGAGUGAUUGAAAUGCUGAAGGAUGAGUUGGAGCUCACCAUGGCCUUGUCUGGCUACCCUACCGUGAACGAUAUCAUCAGAAGUCUUGUGAGGACAGAACUUGACGGACUCAAUUGUUGGCUUUAGUCUUCAAAUCAAGUAUUUGAGUCGGUUUCAUUAUGGAUGGUUAAGAUUAACCAUCAUGCAUUAUAUUAUUUGCUGAAAUUCUCUCUCAUUUUUUCUAUUUUCAUAUUAUUUACCGUUUACAUGUGUUCAUACUUAUGUAGUUCUGUGAUGAUUGUGUUCUUACAUUGAGAAUGUAAAGAAGUUCUGACAAAUACCUAGUUAUUUUCUUCUAAUUUUCCCGAUUCAAAA